GCUGUACCGGAAACGUCUGGUAAGUGAGGCAUAUUAUUACAUCAGUAUAUUCCUGAAGGGAUUCGUCCACACGCAAGACUCAAAAUGUGCGGAAUAUGGGCUUUGUUUGGCAGCGAUGAGUGUCUGUCAGUUCAGUGCACCAAUGCCAUGAAGAUUUCCCAUAGAGGUCCUGAUGCUUUUCGUUUUGAGAAUGUAAACGGCUACACAAACUGCUGCUUUGGGUUUCAUCGGCUGGCAAUUGUGGACCCACUCUAUGGAAUGCAGCCGCUCCGCAUCAAGAAGUUUCCGUUCUUGUGGCUGUGCUACAAUGGGGAGAUUUACAACCAUCAUACGCUGAAGAAGCAGUUUGAAUUCGACUGCCAGACUAACGUGGAUGGUGAGGUCCUGCUCCACCUCUAUGACAGGUUUGGCAUCCAGAAGAUGGCUUCCCUGCUGGACGGAGUGUUUGCCUUUGUCCUGCUCGACACCGCCAACAGGAAGGUUUACCUGGGGAGAGACACGUAUGGUGUGCGUCCCAUGUUCAAACUUCUGACGGACAACGGGUUUCUGGCAGUCAGCUCCGAGGCCAAAGGCCUGACCCAGAUCACUCACUCCAUGUCCAGUCCUGCUAAGAUCACUCCUUUCCUCCCGGGCCACGUCGAGGAGUUCAACCUGAAGCCUUCUGGGAAGGUGGAGUCCCUUCAGAUGACCCGCUUCCACUGCUGCUCUGAUGAACCCAAACAUGCAAUCUAUGACAGUGUGGAGUGUCUUUCUUCAGGUUUUGACAACGACACUGUGAAGAGCAACAUUCGGACUUUGUUUGAGAAUGCUGUGCGGAAACGCCUAAUGGCUCAUAGGAGAAUUGGAUGUCUUCUGUCCGGUGGCCUAGAUUCCAGCCUGGUUGCAGCAACGCUUGUGAAACUGUCCAAAGAGGAGAAGUUAAAAUACCCCAUCCAGACAUUCGCCAUUGGGGCUGAAGAUAGUCCAGAUAUCCUGGCUGCUCGCAAGGUGGCGGCUCAUAUUGGCAGCGAGCAUCAUGAGGUGAACUUCACUGCAGAGGAGGGCCUUCGAGCUGUGGACGAAGUCAUUCUCCACCUGGAGACCUAUGACAUCACCACCGUACGAGCCUCAGUUGGCAUGUUCCUGGUGUCAAAGUACAUCCGGGAGAAGACAGACAGCGUGGUCAUCUUCUCUGGUGAAGGAUCAGAUGAGCUAACACAAGGAUACAUCUACUUUCAUAAGGCACCCAACCCCAAGGCAGCAGCGGAGGACAGUGUCCGUCUGUUGGAAGAGCUCUACUUGUUUGACGCACUACGGGCUGACCGCACCACUGCUGCACACGGUCUGGAGCUCAGAGUGCCUUUCCUGGACCACAGGUUUACUGCAUACUACCUCUCCCUUCCUGAAGAAAUGAGGACUCCCAAGGAUGGUGUGGAGAAGCACCUUCUAAGGGACUCGUUCAAAGGACUGAACCUGAUUCCAGAGGACAUCCUGUGGAGACGCAAGGAAGCCUUCAGUGAUGGCAUGACAUCCUUGAAGAAGUCUUGGUACACCAGCCUGCAAGACCACCUAGAGUCUGAGGUUAACGACUCCCAGCUUGAGAAGGCACACAAAAUAUUUUCCCACCUCACCCCGAAGACCAAGGAGGCCUACCACUACAGGCAGGUCUUUGAGAAGCACUUCCCGGGUCGUUCCGAUUGGCUGUCCCACUACUGGAUGCCCCGCUGGAUCAAUGCCACUGACCCUUCGGCCAGAACCCUGUCCUUCUACACGUCAGAGAAGGACCAGAAGGACCAGUGACCCAACCGUGCCUCUACUUGAAUGUCAGCUGUCCAUCCUGCCCCUUACAAUCCCCUCUUUCACCGAUGCAAGACUGCCUAGCUGCAGUGUGUUGUAACUCUCAUUAGUUUAGUUUUUAUCAAGAGCAACUCGUUCAUGUAAGGAAUGGGAGACCUGGACAUUGUUGAAGGCCUUCUGACUACAACAGCCUUUUUUGUUCGCUUGCUGCACUCAUCUGAGUCAUGGCGGCUGUUGCUAACCCAUUAAUGCUCUAUUAAACAGAGUGACACACUUGUGCUGUAUGUGUGUGUGUACACUGAUACAGAUUGAAUCAAUGCUUAUAGAAUGGGUUGCACAAGGACACAAAUAGCAACAUACUAGCUACAUUAUUGAAUUGAAUGAUCUGUACAACAUCUAAUCAAUUCAGUUUGAACCAAAUAAAAUAAUCUGUGAUGAGAC